AUGAAAUCCAUUUGGGAUACGGUAGACAAAAUGUGGGACCCUUGCCGCUUGCUGACCCAGCUUGGGCACCAGUUCUGUCAGACCUGGGCAGUGCGGGCAUCCCACCAUGAGUUCCCAUACGCGCUCAACAUGCUGUCGUUGAUGUGUCCUCUCACCAAUGGAGCACGGGUGUCCAUCUUCCCAACAAGCCCAAGCCCGCUGGUCGCUUUCACCAUCAAUGUGAACUACUCACAGACCAGGAAGAGCAGCGUGACAAGUUUUGCAGAUUCCAUCACUCGAGAGUUGGACAAGAUUGUGCAGAACCAAGUGAGCAAAGCCAUCCAAGAGCAAGUGGAGGCAGAACAGCGGCAGGCUCCGGAUGCAGUGGUGGGUGUGGUGCUGUCUGCAGCAAUUGCAAGCGCGACUCCUGAAGAGUGGUUCCACCGUUGUGCCAGUGACUUCAAGCAGGUCAAGCAUUCCGGCAACCUCCCAGGUGAUCCAGGGAUGUGGCAAGGGCGGCAAUGGUUCGGUGUUCUGGGCAACUUGGAUGAGACCUACGACUUCCUAACUGCAUUCGGGCUUUUGUCAGAAGAAGGUAACAAGUCUUCAAAGGCAAACUCCAAGGUCAACCCGCACCAGAGUGCCUUGAACAAACUCCUUCAAUUUGGGUCUGCGGCCCGCGCGAUCAGAACCAGUGGAAGCUAUGGGGACACUUCUGGCAAUGGCAUCUCGCUUGGCGUGGUGGGGAAUAUGCAUCCGUCCACUUAUGUGCCCAUGGAGCGCUCUGAAACGGGCAGUCACCAUGCAGCCACGAAGGAAAGGUUUCUCAUUUGCAGUGGCCGCCCCAUUCAGCCCCACGAAGACCUUCCAAAAGAUUACCCAUUACCAUCAGGAGUUCCUCCGCAUCUAUGGGUUCCACUGACGUCGGAUGUGGCGGACAUGCUUGGCGUCGCCAAAGAAGCCCAGUCCACUGAGGCUGCCCACGCGGAAUGGCAAGAUACUUUUCCUGGUGACUUCAGGGGAGAUUUCGUCCCAUCGGAGGAAGGCUACCCCGUCAGGCUCUUGGACGGCAUCAUGAGCAGGAUUCGCUUUCGUCGAGAUGCUGGUGAAGCAACAGGUUUCAUGCCUGAAUGGCGUGUGGCCAAUUGGUCCUUCACUGUUCCGCCAGAGUUUGCCCUUGGACCUGCAGUGAAAAGCGUCACGGACUACUUUGCUUCCCCCCACAUCAAUUUGGUCCACGCGAUCAAGGCCAUUUCUUUGGGCGAGGAAGGAGAAGAACCUGACCCAAACCAGCAAGUAGUCCCUCCACCUGAUGAUUUCUCCGCCUUGGAAGUGCCAGACCAAGAUUUUGAGCAGUCAGAGGCAGAGGCGCCAGCAGACGAGGAGCAAGUGGACAGCGAUGGGCGCCCCGACCAUGAAGAAGAUCAUGAUCAUGGGGAGGCAUCUCCGGCACAGCAGCCGCCUCCUGAACCAGCGCCGCUUCCACCAGUGCAAGGGCUCCAGCCACUCAAUAUCGACCAAGUGCGAUCGAUGGAUUUUGGUUAUGGCGAUCGUGGUCUUUCUGUUCAGCCCUGCUUGCACGCAAAGCACUUGACAGACAGGUACAUCGCCAAGAUGACAUUGCUACAUGGCACGCCAAAGAUCACCUGCAAGCAAGCCUGUGACGGGCUCCGCAGUUCCAGGGGCAAAGGCCGCAAAGCGCUGCCUAAAACCAAUUGGAUGGCCGUCAUGACCAGUGCCUGUAAGGAAUGCCCGAUCCUCCAGCUGAGCGGUGAUGAGUUGCACGUGGCCAGAAUUCCAGAUGAUCCUGGCCUCCGUGUCCAGCACCACAACCAUCUGAUGACAUUGUGCGGUCUCACGCUGCGUGAGCUGGUUGGUUCCAUGACGCAGGCAGUGGAGAAAGCAAAGCAAGCUGCUGUCAAACAUGCUGCGAAGCGCCGAAAGAAGGGGGAGAAUCAGUGA